AUGAAUUGUCAAGAUGAGUGGGAGACCAUAGACGUUUUAAUUUGUGGUUGCGGCCCCACGGGAGCCAUGCUGUCGGCGUAUCUGGGGAGACUGGGUGUUCCUAACAUCGCGCUUGAGAAAGAAUCGACUAUCACCACUGAUCCUCGUGGGGUCGUUGUCGACGACGAUGGAAUUCGACUGAUGCAAGGUCUUGGACUGUAUGAACACCUCUUCACGGAGAUUGGAUCCAAUAUGUCCAAGAUUCAAUUUGUCAGCGGCACGCACCACAACCUCCAAGCCAAGCCAUUCCUUCAAUUCGACACAGCUUCCGUGAGUGCAACUCUAUCCCUAUAUCAACUAGAAACCACUGACAUCUCUCAGAGCGAAGGAAAUACUGGCCAUGUCGGCGUGCUUGCUCACAAGCAGCCAGUUCUGGAGAAGUAUCUUCGAGUAGCCGUGGAGCAAACCAAGAUCUCUCAGCUGAGGGGUAGCUGCACGUUGACUUCCAUCACCGAGGAUGUGGACUGGGUAUACGCAACAUACACUGAUGAAUCAGGCGCAUAUAAAAAGAUCCGAUCAAAAUUCCUGGCUGCGGCAGAUGGCAAGACGGGUUUUACUCGCAAGAUGUACCUGGAGCCCAAGGGGGUUAAGUUAGAAUGGGCCGAGCAAUAUGAAGAGACCUGGGUAGCACUCAACUGGCAUAUGCACCUCCCGACAAAAGAAACACACCCUUCUUUUCCACUGUGGGAUCUUGGAUAUACACCCGAAGAGGUAUACGACCUGUUCUUCCCGGCUGAUUUCCGCUUCCUCUGUAAUCCCAGCCGUUCGGCGGUAUGUGGCCGAUUUGGGCGCCCGGAAGACCGGCUCUGGCGCUUUGAGUUUGUCAUUGCUCCUGGCGAGAAUGGUAUAGAAAUGGCUGGGUGGGAAAAGGUCCGAGAAUGUGUUUAUCCUUACCUGACACAUUGUGGUAGCCGGUAUGGACUUUCCCAGGACGUUGAGUAUCCAGAGGAUUGUAUUGAGGUUUUGCGAUCAAGACCCUUCAAGUUUUCCGCCAGAAGCUGUAACAAAUGGGCUCUCGGACGGGUUAUUAUCUGUGGCGAUGCAGCCCACGUAUUUCCGCCAUUCGGAGGACAAGGCAUCACAUCUGGAUUUCGAGACGCCAUUUCUCUCGUCUGGCGCCUUGCUAUAGCAUGCUCAUCCUCCGAGGUUGACCAUGAGCAGUUGCUUUCCGGCGGGAUCUGGAACGCAAACAACAACUUGAUAAAUCGCUCGCCUCUACUGUCCGAAAUGGAGAUAUGUCUCGUGCACAUCUUGAUUCGCAACUGGGGCCUGUGGUUCCUGCAACUCAUUCCCAGCUGGAAGCAUUGGCUUGAGAAAGGCCCGCGAGGUAGUGGUCCUACUCGGUACAUUCACUCGGAGGGGAUGCCAUUCAUGCCAGAGCUCGACGGUGGACUGUGUUUUCCGCAGACAUACUGCAUCUCAUUACGACCACAUGGAAACGUACGGUUUACGGACGAUGUGAUUUUUUCGAGCCGGAAAAUGUUCCAACUUGUCGUCUUACUGGAUCGUCUUCAUGAGAUGGACGCCGCCCUGGAAGACAUUGAAGAGAUCAAUGACACGGGCCUGCUGUCUACGGAUGAUGCUACUUUCUUCGUGCCUCGUACAACAUACAUCACUUUGCCCGUCGACAAGUCAUCGGAUACAUUGCGGUACCGGGUAUAUCGCACCGCCACGGGCGAGGAGUUCGCUCAGUCCGCACUAUGUGCUGGUCGUCCGAUACCCCGGGGUUAUGAUGAGACGCUCAUGUGGAAGAGUGUGGAUGGGAAGCGAUAUGUCAUUGUGAGAAUGGACCGGUUCGUAUUUGCAGCGUGCGAUUCUAAACUCGACUUGGCCAAGGCUACUAAGAGACUGGCUGGACUAUUUGGGAACAAUCAGUCCACUCUGUCUUAA